AUGCCGCCCCAGCGCGAAACUCUUCUAGCCCCCGCGCCCGCCUCGGGCCUGCCACAACUCGCCCCGACCGCGCUCAACCUGAUGCCUUUCCACCUAGACUAUACCGGCCCGGCAGAGGUAUCGACCUACUUUCAACCUCGUACCAUCCCCGGUCCGCCCACAUCCGAGGAAACUUCCGAGGAGAAGGUACAGAAACAGGGAGACGGAUCGAUCACCGUCGCUGCGUUUAGGGGGAGGAGGGUACAGGCCUAUACGCUCGGACUGCCUGAAGGGUAUACGGGCCUUGUGCUCACCGCUCCCUCUCUCGCAUCAAGGAUGAACCCUUCGGCCCCCCAAAUUCAAGGACAUGCUCAAUCGAACACGGUCAAGAACCUCAAGAGGGAGGAAUCCCCUUCAUUGUCAUUCGACGCCGCUCCUGGACUGAGACGGUCCCCACGUAAACGGAACAACGUGGACGUGCUCGAGUUGCCUGUUACGCGUCGGUCACUGCAACCUGAUACUCUUCCUGAACUCGACCAGGACCACCACCUCGACCUUGACCUACUUCAACCCGCCCCACCCAUCUUCUCCCGUACCCUCCUCCCAACGGCCUCCUUCUCCAGCCUGACCAUCUGGAAUCCCGAUGGACCGCUCGACGAGGGCAAGGACGAGUACUGUAGGACCUUGGGAGAGUGGAUGAGCUUGAACAGCGUGUUGCACCAGGAGUAG